GUGAGAAGCGACUUCAAAUGUCGGACUGCUCACUUCGUCAAUAGACAGUAGUUCAAAUUCCUUUUUUAAAUUUUUCGCAAUGUUCGACACCGUUAACGCGACGGCCGAUGGCGGCGCCAUCGCCUACGCCUUCAAAAUGGUAUCAAAUGAGGUCCAGCAGAACAUGCUGGGCUUCAACAUCCCUCCAGAACACCAGGACCUGGUGCACGAACACUGGCGUAACUUCGCGGCGGUCGACAAAUUCUGGCACUAUAUGUUAGCUCUUAUCUACACUAUGCUUAUGGUGUCAUCCCUGUGCGGCAACGGAAUCGUCAUAUGGAUCUUCAGCACGUCUAAAUCCCUCCGGUCGGCUAGUAACAUGUUCAUCGUGAACCUGGCGCUAUUCGACCUGGUGAUGAUGUUGGAGAUGCCUCACCUCAUCAUGAACUCAUUCUUCCAGAAGAUGCUUGGCUAUCAGCUCGGCUGCGAUAUAUAUGCCACUCUUGGUUCCGUUUCAGGAAUCGGUGCGGCUAUUACCAACGCCGUUAUUGCAUUCGACAGAUAUAAGACCAUUUCGUGCCCGAUCGACGGUAGAAUUAACAAAGUCCAAGCGAUUAUUCUGAUUGUAUUCACCUGGUUCUGGACCCUGCCAUUUACCAUUCUGCCGCUCACCAGGGUCUGGGGCAAGUUUGUACCAGAGGGUUUCCUGACAACUUGCUCUUUCGAUUCUUUCACUGACGACUCUGACACCAGGGUUUUCGUGGCCUGCAUUUUCGUUUGGAGCUACGUAAUUCCAAUGGUCCUCAUCUGCUUCUUCUACUCGAAGCUGUUCAGCGCUGUCCGCCUCCACGAGAAAAUGCUUCGUGAACAAGCCAAGAAGAUGAACGUCAAAUCUCUAGCCUCCAACAAGGAUGAUGCCGGCAAGAGUGUAGAAAUCAGAAUCGCCAAGGUUGCGUUCACAAUCUUCUUCUUGUUCGUCUGCGCCUGGACACCUUACGCUGUUGUGACCAUGAUUGGCACCUUUGGAGACAGGAAUUUGUUGACUCCCCAUGUAACCAUGAUCCCAGCAGUUUUUGCCAAGAGUGUGUCCUGUAUUGACCCAUGGGUAUACGCCAUCAACCACCCAAGAUACAGGGCUGAGCUUGAGAAGAGGCUGCCAUGGAUGGGCAUCCGAGAACCCAACGCAGAGACCCAGUCCACCAACGCUAGCACUGCGACGCAGUCAGCUUCAGCCGACGCUUAGACUGAUCUAGUUGAUCUACCAGACCAUGGCUUUAAAUUGGAUAGAGAUUUGCUUGCGCUCCUAUUCCUUAUACUGAUGUAAUUAUUUGUUCUUAAUACUAAUACUGUAUAUACUAGUAUAAGUGGACACAAUAUUAGGUUAUCUAUUGCAGCUGUAUAACGAUAGGACAUGCGCAAUUCUACUGAGAGCGUGGUUUACAGUUUAAUGUAUGAGCUGGUUAUCGCGUUCUAUGGUUUUUUGUAAUUUUUUUAAUUGCAUCAGAAAAUUAAAAAAAAACGACUGAUCCCGACGACAAAGGCGAAUGUUUUGAAGUAGGUUUUCGAAGCAAAUUAAAAAGUUUUAACAAUUGUUAA